UGUAAUGGCGACUAGUGAUUUAGUUGUAGUGACAUAUGAUUUGUUGUUGAGUACUUUGAGUGCAAAAUAAAAUUAAUAUCAAAUUAAUGUUGAGUGAAUUUGCGUAUUCGGACAUUAAUUUGUUAUUAUUUACCAUGAAGGGCAUCAUCACGCACAGAGCCGAUAUCCAACGGGAAAAAAAUAUCUGUACGGACUUAACUUCGAUUGUUUAUGUUUAUACAUCGAAAGAAUGCGAUGAUAAACAAGCUGUCCCAUCAAAACAAAGGAAGAGACUUGUUGUUAAUUAACCUACAAUGGAGCAAAACGUUCUGAGCAUUAUUUUGGAGUCAAAUCACCGGAGUGAAUCGGGUUCGGGAUUUUGGCAGCUCCAAUUAGACCGAGACCUGGUGGAUACCAUCUCCGCAAUUUACCCGGAGUGGUUCCAGAACAACAUGGCCGAGGGUGGAUCGGCUUCGACCCCGCGGGAGUCGCCGCCGAAAGCGGUUAUAGACACGUCUCCGCUGCACAUAGAUCAAAACAAAGAAUCCCUAAAGGUGAAGUUGAUGCUGAGACGGCCAUUCGAUCAGCUGGUCGCACAAGGAAUCAUGCCUCCUCACAAAACGCCCGCGGCAUACCACGGCCAGCGCCGGCAGUUGGAGCGGGCGAAAACGGGCGACAUGCUGAAGGCAAAGAUCCAACAGAGGCCUCCUCGGCAAGAACUCGAAAGGCGGCACAUUCUAGAGGCAGAUCCAGGUCACGUAGAUCCCAGUUUGGCCGAACGCCAACGAAUGCUCAAAAAAGCGCGCUUAGCCGAUCAACUCAACGACCAACUAUCACAUAGACCCGGUCCCCUUGAACUUAUCCAGAAAAACAUCCUUCACACUGAGGAGCCCAUCGAGCAGGCUGUCAAGACCGGUCGAAUACCCUACAAAGCAACGAGCGAAGGCCAACUGAAUCGUCCGCAGCACCCCCAGAGUUACGUCAAUCCCGAAGACGACUCGCAAAGUUCCGAAGGCGAUAAUAUCGUCAGUCCUGGACCUAGUGAUGUUUUAGAGACUGCGGCAAAGUCUGCAGGUAUCGUUGUGUCCCUCAUACCGGCUACCGAAGGAACCGUGGUGGUCACGACCGCGACUCCGGUGUUAAAUAAGGACAGCAGUGAAAUAGUGUUCGCCGAUUUGUGUAGAUCGGUGACGGCACCCUUGCUGCCUCAGGUCUCGGCGUCGAGCCCUGCGUCCCUAGUGUCUUCCACAUCCACUCUUAGUCCGUUGUCGUCGGUCGCUAGUCCUGUGCCUUCAGUUGUUUCACAACCGGCAACUCCGGUACCCCCGCCACCGCCAGUAGUACUUACUCCCCGUCCCAUUCAGUCGCCUGCCAAGAGCGAUGCGCCCGGAAAAGAUAAAAAUAGGAAAAAAUCAAAGUCGAAGUCGGCUCCGAAGGCGCGUACUAUUAAAUUCCAUGAAUACAAAGGACCACCAAGUGCUCAAAAGAACACAAACAAUAACUCGAGCACCGGGGAGAGUUCUUAUGAUCUCCUGCUUCAGCAGCAAACUUUACUCUUACAAUUUCAAUUGCAACUUCAACACAAAUACCCGCAAAUAAUACUACCGGCAUCUCAGAAAACAUCCAAUGAAACCAACAACAACAAUCCAUUACCAUCGCCCUCUCCAUCGACGUCUUCAGAAUCUUCAACACCCGCCAGACUCACUGGUAGAUUAGAGGACAUGAAGGUGAGCGAUUUGAAAGCGGAGCUCAAACGACGUAGUCUACCAGUCUCCGGAUCGAAACCACAAUUAAUCGAAAGACUCAAACCUUUCACCGGUGGUUCAGAUUUGAUGAAUCAGAAUAUUUCCUCUGUAGAUUCAGUGCACAGCAAUUCGAGCAUAGAGCAGUCGCAUAACUCGCCGCAAUAUCAAGAAGUCGGCUCCCCGCAAGAUUCGCUCAAAGAUGAACCCGCCGAACAAAUGGAAAUCGGAGAUCCCAUGAGCCCAUUACCGCAACAACAAAUCCAAGAGCAGUUUCAACAGCUGAAACAACAGAUCGCACAACAACAACAAAAUCAAGAAAACAUGCUGAUUUCACAGAAUUCGCAAAAAACCCAAGAAGAUAUCGUUAGGGAGCAGCAAAGGCAAAUCGAGGAACUCCAAAGGGAGUUGACGUUGUCGAAAUUGCGAUUACAGGAGGCCACGCGCACCGAGCCUAAAGCUCAGUUGUUGGCAUUGCAGAAGCACCUUCAAGCCAGACAGCAGCAGCAACAGCAUCAACAGCAGCAACAAAUCGCGUUGCAGAUGCAGCAGUUGCAGGCGCUGCAAGCUCGACAAGCGCACCAAAACGAAGAGCAACAAAGAUUGCAGCAACAGCAGCACGUCGCUUUCCAAAACCAGAAGAACAUCGCCGGCGGUUUGGUCUUGAACGGUGCCGAUGCAGCUUUAGUUUUUAAUUUGAUGCAAGGCAAAGCGAAAGUAGUCAACGGUCAUAGCAGAACCCAUUCUCUACCAAGUUUUUUGAAUUCCAUUGUGACACCCGUCAUCGCGGCACCGGAAGUGAAAACGGAAUACAUCGAAGACGUUAAACCACCCCCGCCUCUGUACGAAGAAGCUACUAAACAGAUAAACAAGAAAAAUAACGUCAAGAGUCAAAUUGUGGACGACGUUUUGGAAAUACUCAUAAAGAACGGCGAGUUGCCUCCUAGCGCCGCGCAGGAUCCGUCGACUCCAGGGUCAGCCGGAACCAAAGCGAACGAGCCCGUUUUUCCCACGCAGAAUCCGAGUCAGCAAUCGGUGGAUCCGAACAGUCCGGAGGCGGCUUUGGGUUUAGAUCCGACGGAAAUUUUGGACAGUUUGGACAAUCUGGACAGCAUGGAUUUCACACAAUUCGUGAUGGAGUUGGGCGAUGGUAACCAUCAUCAUUCGGAUAAUAAUAAUAUGCAAGACGAUCACGAGCAGAUGUCGGUGCCAAUGGAUACCGACGAUUGGUUGGAGUCGUUGUGCGUGGAAAACGGACAGAACGGUAACAACGGUUCGUGUACGGCUCCGUUGGCGUCGCAGGAAUCCGAUUUAGUGGGUUACGAUCCUUUGCUCGGUAUAACGCAAGAUCCUUUCGAUCCAUUCAAUUUGGAUGAGUUUCAGUCACCUGCCGAUUUGACCGCAUCGCUGUCUUGGGACAAAGUUGACUAUGCUGCGUAGUUUUUAUGGUGCGCGCUGCUUGGUUUAUUGUAUUCGAUUUCGGUGCCGCUUAUAUUCCAGUGAUGUGCGAUUCCACUCGGUAAGAAAUUGACAUUCCACGUGCGGCCGCCAAGAUCGCCAGAGGGCGCGGGACCAGGGCGGCCCCAAUCGGCCAGGGAACACAUCAACAGAUGAUAUUGUAUAUAUAUACUUGUAGUGUUAGAUAACGCUUAGGAUUUACAAAUUGAGCACGAGGUUCUAAACGAUUUUUAAAGAAAUGGCAAUAAUGUUGACGAAGCGGCGCGGAAUUGAGAUAAAUCGGAGACGGAAACAUUAUGCCAAAAAAAUUAUACGUGUUGUGUGUAACUCCACAAUGUAUUCCUAUGUACUACAUUUCCUGUACAAAUUGCUCAUCAAAAACAAAUGACAAGUUUUUUACGGCAAUUUUAUUUCAACUUGAACCAAUGUUUGGAAUUAUUAAAAUACUCUUUUCGUAAGUGCCUCAGGUAGCAAAGUUUUUUUUAGUAAUUUUACUGUAUCUUACGUGGGCUGAAAGUAUGAAUGUUUGGUUAUGUGACUUUAUUUCAAAAUAGGUAGGGUGUAAUUUUUAUGUAUCAAUUAUCCUAAUUUAUAUGUAUAUUUUGCAUUUGACACAAGUGUAUUUAUUAAAAUUUAUUUUAAUAAUUGUACUUUUUAGGGACUCGGAUGGCUGCUGAAAUUUAUUAUUGUGAUUAUAUUCUAUUUGUAGUCGUUUUCUUUUCCGAUUUAUCUUUUUGGUAUAUUUAAAUGGAAUUUAAGUUUAAAACUGUUUAGAGCCAAGUGUCAAUGUCUGACUACCUGUACAGAUUGUUUUCUGACAAAGCCUUUAAUUGUUAAAUUAUUUCGAAUGUUAGACAUUUAUUUUGUUGACUAUUUGUAUUUAGGCAGCCGUGCCUGGCUGCAAAAGGAAUGUCGCGCUCUUAGAUUGCCUAAUUUAUUGUAUGAAAUAAGAACUUGAGAUGCCUUACGAUGAUUAUUAUACAUUGCCUCCUUGUGUUUGAAUAUGUUUCAACCCAUACUGCCCGAGUGAAACAUUUUACAAAAUGCUGCAAUAUUUAUAAACAGUAUGAGGGUGAAAAGCUUCAAUCAUGAUGUAAUAAAAAUGUAAUUAAUUAA